AUGAUUUUUUCAUCACAUACCACAUCAUCGAUUGUUUCUACUCUUUUCUUUAUAUGUUUGUUCACUACAACAUCAAUUGCAAUAAUAGAUGUCAAGAAUACUAGAUAUAGUAGUAAUGAUAUCGAUGUUGAAGAAAUUUGUUCUUUGACUAAAAAUCCGAGUUACUGCAGCAGAAGACUAGCAGUUUUCUCGCGGGUAGAUCUUUUUGACGCUGCGGUGCUAACAAACAAUUGGGCAGAGGUUAAUGCGACAGAGAUAUAUAACCAAAUAACAGAUAUGCUACCCAAAGCUACCAAUGAUCAGAAGGGUCAUCUUGAAUAUUGUCACAGGCUUUAUUCCGCUUGCAUUCACGAUAUUAUUGCUUCUUUUAAUGUGUUGGGAUCCAGGGACUUCGUUGGAUAUAAAAAGCAGACCACUGCAUUUCCAAAUUAUGCAAACCUUUGUGAAGAAUCUUUCCAAUCACCUCCAUCGACACCAUCUCUCUUGACGCAGCAGAAUAAGGAAUUUAUUGAUUUAGUCGACAUUAUAUUGGUAGUUGCUGAUCUUCUUAUUCACCAGUAA